AUGCGAGUGGUUCCAGUUUCUUCAGCGCUUCUCGCGAUCCUCUUUUUGGCCCACUUCGGUGGCUCAAAUGCAGAGUGUUGCACCACGAUGGCCAAGUUGGAGUUCAUUAUAAACGACGGGUCCUGCGGACAGGUGAAUGCAGAGAGAACCGCCCACGGAUGCACCAUCACCGUUUGCGGCAAUGGAGAAGCUCUCGUGGGCAGCUUUUGCGGCCGCGGUCCGUGCAACAUUUUCGGGUGCGACUGCGAGGGAGGUUGCCUCCAUGGACGCUACGGGGAGAGCUUCCUGCAAAGGAACAGGCGGCACAACAUCCAGCUGAUGCGCACCCAAAUGAUAUCCUCCAGCUCCGUGAAUGCCGUUACUGGUAUCUUUUCAAAGUUUUUCAAGUGA